UUCGUGGCUACGGCAAACGUGGUAUAGGUUGUUGGGGAAGCUUCAGUGCCAACCGAACCGAAAGCCACUUGUUUUCGAUGCAAACGGUUCAGUGUGAAGAGACUCUUGGGGAGAAAAGCUGCUCCACGCGAAACAUUGUCUCGCGAAACUUGUUUGCUAAAUCAAGCGUGGAGCAAGACACGCUUGAUCUCAGCGGUUUGUUGCUGUCAGUGAAGAUUUUUCGGGGUGGUGGUUUUGUUUGUGACAUUAGUGCACGGGCAGGGCAACAAAGCAACGGUGGCAGUGUUUUGCACCGCGCUGCAGUGAAAUGGAAAGCAAUGGCGUAAGCGUAACAUCGUCAUCAUCAUCGUCCGCCGAGGGAAUCUGGAGCAAAGUGAAACGCUUCAUCACCAUCGAACCGGUGAUCAUUUUCUACAUCUUCGGUGUCGUUUGCGGUACAGCGUUUAAGGUGUUUGAGUACGAAAAGGCCUGCGUCACAAAGCUCGGUGCAGAUCUGCGGGUUUGUGCGUAUUUUGUUGAGCUGGAAGAUGAUGACAUUUGCUCCGAGCCAGACGACACAAACCGCACGCUGGUCGGGGUGGACAAUUUUACCGAGUUUCGCAACUUGGUUUGCGACGCGCAGCAACAGUCUACCAAUGCGGUGGUCUUCUUGAACUCGUACCGCAGCAUUAUCGUGGGGAUCGUGCAGGCGGUAGUGCUGCUGUUUGCCGGCAGUUGGAGCGAUCGUGUGGGGCUGAGGAAACCAUGCAUACUCGUGCCGAUCGCGGCAGAUAUUGUGGCAUUCGGGGUAUACAUCCUGAGUGCCGUUUUUAUGCGUGAAAUACCGCUGGAAGUGGCGGGCAUAGUACCGAACCUGAUAAACGCAUUCAGCGGUGGAGUUCCGUUGGUAGUAACAGGUAUCUACAGCUAUCUGACGGUAUGCACGGAUGAGAAAGAUCGUACAUUCCGGUUUGCCUGUACUGCCGUCGUGUAUGCCACCGUACCGAUCGUGGCCAACUUCUUCAGCGGACAUCUGUUUAAGUACCUUGGGUUCAUCAAGCUAUGUGCACUUUGCAUGGUUACUGAUAGUAUCGGGCUACUGUACGGGUUGUUCGUCUUGAAAGAACCGGUAGACACCAAACGCACCUCGACCCCGAACGUGUCUAAUGAGGUGGAUGCAAAAUCGACCAAACCGACCCUGCAUCAGCUCUUCGACAUCGGGCUGGUGGUGGACUGCGUGAAAGUGUUCCUAAAAAAACGAGACUUCAACUGUCGGAACAUCCUGUACCUGACCUUGCUGGCGUACUUCAUCAACUACGGUGCGCUCGGUGACGCGGAGUCUGCCGCCAUCCUGGCGUACAGUCAGUUCAGCUGGAUCACCAAUCUCGGCACCUGGAUAUCGUACGACCUACUGACAACUAUGCUGGGCACCCUGCUGGCGAUGGGCGUACUGAGCAAACGGUUUGGCGUUUCGGAUGCAAUGAUUUGUGUGUUUUCCGUGUGCUUCUCGCUCGUCGGCAAACCGAUCAUGGCCAUCGCCGUGUCGACCGUGAAACCGUAUCUGUACUACGUGGCGACCUCGAUCGAUGUGUUUGAGGGCAGCAAAAUGAUCGCCAUCCGGAGCAUCGUCUCGAAGCUGGUGGGACAGGACGAAAUCGGAAAAAUGCUGUCCAUACUGGGAAUUGUAGAUUCUGCUCAGGUUGCCAUCUAUCCAACAAUCUACAGCACGGUUUAUCUGAAGAGCCAAUCGUUCUUCAUUGGCAGUGUGUUCCUACUCAGCGAAGCGUUUCUGCUGGUCUCGCUGGGAAUUUAUGUAGCACUGUUCCUGAUGUCCCGCCGAUCGGAGUAUGAUAAAAACAGAGCGCAGUCAUCCACCAAGCAGGGAAUCGAUAAUCCUGCAGUGGAUAUUACUGCACUUUGAUGAUUUUAUCUGCAUUCCACCGUCGUCAUCGUGCUGACACGCUGGCUGGCAUCCUCGCCUUGCGCCUCGACCCUCGAAGCCGUCAUGGCAUUGACAGCGAUAUUUCGUUUGCAUUAAUCGGAUCUCCGUUAGGGGGCGGGAGGAACGCGCAGAACGGUAGCUGAGCAGUGAAAUAUAAGACGCCAGGCUUUGUGCAGGAAGGAUGCGACUGAUUGGACAGGAAAUUAUUAUUUUCCCCUCGAUGUACCUCGAUGUGCUGCAGGAAAAAUAGCGUAUCGAAAUGAUAGAUAUAGAUGGGCGGAGUUGAAGAUUUUAUGUUGUUUUGUUUUUUUUCCACCGCCAUCUCGCAUCGCAUGAUUUAUACUUCCACCGUUCGAAGAAACAGCAUCAUUUUGCAAUAAUUGGUUCAAUGGCAUUGGAAUCAACUCCAAACAAUCGCGGUUUGAUUACAAGCAAUUUGAUAUUCAUUAUUGCAUUUGUGGUGGUUCCACGAUGCCGCAAGGAGAUGGAAAAUACAAAAAAAUAAGAUACAUUUUU